AUGGAGAAAUGGAAGGAAAUCCCUUUAUCGAAGGAGGAAGAAGAAGGGAUAACGGUGGAGAGCGAAGAAAUAUGUGGGGAGGAAACAUUCCAACAUACCCUAGCAGGCAGUUUGUGGACGGAUAGUAGCUACAACUCAAGAGCUUUCACGAGCACAAUGAUUGGAGCGUGGAAACUUCGAAACCCCGUUGAAACACAACAACUCAGUAAAAACCUCUUUUUGUUUCGCUUUUCCACCCGGAGAGACCUUGAGAGUGUGCUGCGAAAUGGACCAUGGAGUUUUGACAGGAACAUACUGGUACUCGCGAGGGUGUCGGGAGAGGAGCAGUCGUCGGAACUUAAUAUGCAUUAUGGAGUGUUCUGGUUCAGGGUGUACCAGUUACCACUGAUGCUCAGAUCUGAAUCGAUGGCAAAGAAGCUAGGAGGAAUACUAGGAGUUUUUGAGGAGAUGGAUAUGAAGGAAGCAAACAGAAACGGGAGAUUUCUGCGAAUAAAGGUGACUAUUGAUCUGAAACUACCUUUGAAGAGAGGCAUAGUGAUUAGAUUUAAGGAUAAGAACCUCAGAGUACACUUCAAAUAUGAGAGGCUUCCUACAUUCUGUUUCAUAUGUGGCCGGCUGGGACAUCAACUGAAGGACUGUGAAGUGACGGGGGAGCUGAACGAAGAUGGUUUUGAUGACAUAGAAGAGCAGGAUCUUUUGUAUGGACAGUGGUUGCGGGCCUCUCCACUACCGACGGUUAAUGAUGAUUUCAAGAAGAAGGAUACGUCUUCAAGUUCCUGUAGCAGAAGCCUCUUCAACAACUCUUCGGGGCAGAGCAGGUGCGAGUCUAGAGGUAAGGAGAAAGAGGGUGAAGGUGAGGUGGAACAAACCAAGACCGAUGCUGCAAUGAACAACACAGGAGGACAGGUGAACAAUAUUAAUCCCACCAUUGGAGAAGGGAAUACUCUGGAGAUAGAAGAGGUGGCUUUCUCCUUGGGCGCGGUUGAUAUUUCAAAAGCCGAAAAAAUAAAGGGUGAUAUCCAGAAGGGGCCAACUGUUAAGAAAAAGAAAUGGACCAGAAGAUAA